GCGUAUAUGUAUUAGCGCGAUGCGCUACUCUCGAGUAUGCAUCAUUCAGGGACGACGGUCUCGCUCUUUCGCCGUCGUCUGCUCCUAUCCCUACCGUUUAUUUGUGUCUAUUGUUUGGCCCCGCCAAACCGAGAAGGUAUGUGAAUAUCGGCAUGUCAAUGUCAUUCAACGGCGGAUAAGCGUGCGGGACAGAGCGAGAGAAUGUUGCUGUACACGUUGAUCGGCGGCUACAUGCUCACCUCGGUGAUACUGUUCAAGUAUCCUACCUUACUCCACAAGAAGAAGAGGGUGAAGUUUAUGUGCCAUCAUAUCAGCCAUCGGGGCGGAGCGGGCGAGAGCUAUGAGAACACGAUGUGCGCAUUUAGACGAGCAGUGGCUAUUGGAACUCAAAUGUUGGAAUUAGAUUGUCAUCUUACAAGAGAUGGCGAAGUAGUAGUCUCUCACGAUCAGAAUCUUUUACGUAGCACUGGUAUAAAUAAAAAUAUUUCUGAAUUGGAUUACAAAGAUUUGCCACUCUUAAAGCAACGUUUACCAAUUGAUUUUGAGCCAGAUAUGGAAUAUGUUGGUUCUGCGAGGGAAGAAGAUCGACGAUUUGCCUUGCUACGAGAAGUUUUUGAAGCAUUUCCUAAUAUUCCUAUUAAUAUUGAUAUUAAAAUCAAUGACGAUCAACUUAUAUCAAAAGUUUCUGAUCUUAUAAAACAAUACAAUAGAGAAGAAUAUACAGUUUGGGGAAACUUUAGUGAUGAGGUCACACAGAAAUGCUAUAAAAUGAAUCCAAACGUAAAUCUACUUUUUUCAAUGCAACGUGUGACAAUGUUGAUAUUUCUUUUGUAUACUGGCUUGUUGCCAUUUGUACCGCUGAAGGAAACACAUCUUGAAAUUUUUUUACCUUCGAUCUAUUUGCGACGUAAAGGCGGGUCAAGUCAAACAUUUUUAUCAUUGGAAAAAUUUGUAGUACGUACAAUUAAUGUGCUAUUAAUGAGGCCGUGUUUAUUUAAUCAUUUAAGAGCACGGGGCAUACAUGUUUACUUUUGGGUUUUGAAUAAAGAUGAGGAAUUUGAAAAAGCAUUUGAAUUAGGAGCAACUGGUGUUAUGACAGAUUAUCCAACAAAAUUAAAAUCAUUUUUAAAAAACCAUGCAAUGGAAUGAAGUGCAUGGUUACAUUUUUAAAGAAUAUUUAUCAGAUAACACAAAUUGUUAAGGAAAUUCGCAAAGUUAUUUAUGUCUGUAAAAAGAUAUCUGCCACAUAAUGUAUGUGAAGAUAUAUAAGCUAUUAUACAAAAAGGACAAAGUAGUAUAUUUUUUAUAAACAAAGCAGAACUAUUUGCUUAUGUUCUGUGUAUAAAUGCCAACUCGACAAAUUUUGCCAGAAUUGCGACAGCCCGUACAAAUCGAUUCAUUAGCAAAAUUACAUAUACAACGUAUUGCACACACACUGUAGUUCAUUAUAUUACGGUUACAUUAAUCGUUCAAGCAUCCAUUCAUGGAAUAAGAUUGCUCUGGCCUCGUAAAUUUCUAAUUUAUCUGUUUUUCCUCGAUGAAACGUAAUGAGGUUUUUUUUAUUAAAUGAUUUAUUAAGAAGCAUAAACUAGUAUAUUGAUUAGUAUUGACAAUUAUUUUGCGCACAAUGUGUAUGAAUCAAUUGAGCGACAGUCUAUAAAUAAUUUAAAUUAAGUGCCUAUUCUGUAACUUUUAAUGAUGUCAUUAUGUCAUCAUUGCGCAAUGACACAUAACAACAUUGUUACAAAAUAGGUCUCUUAAUUGAGAUAUUUUUUUAUAAUCUAUAAUACAGUCGCAUAUAUAUAUACAUAUUUCUAUCUAAUUUGUUACUGGAAUCUAUUAUAGUUAUUAUAGUUAUUAUACUUAUAAUUAUUAUAAUUUCAAAUUCCGUAUAUUGGAAUAUUCUUAUUUAUGGGAUAGGCAUGCUGUCUCCUCAUAAUCCGACAAAUUGUUAUUUUUUAAUCUAGUCAAUUUCUUUACCAAAACUUUUCCUACAAUACCUCCUCUUUCAUAUUUAUAAAUAUAUUGUGAGGAAACAAAUUCGCACAUCCCAAAAAAGUCCGUGUGUGUGCGUGCAUAUCCCAAUUUUUAGUACAAAAUAUCUAUUGAUUAUUAUAUCACUCUGGGGCCAGUGUUAGCUUAGCCCAUCAUUCAGAGGCUUGAAAUAACAAAUAGUCUGAUCUAUGGUGCAUUUGUUAAAUAAUUUUUAACAUUUUCAUGAAAAAAAAAAAAAAAAAUUUAUGAAAAGAAAAGAAAAAUCGAGCUAUGCUGAUCGUGAUAUGUCCUUAGUGUAUAUGGGUGUGAUAUAAAAAAUUCCCUUUUCGUAAAAUGAAUGUGAUAAAAAGUAGUGUCAGUCUCGUUAUUGAAGAGAAACUGAAAUCGAAAGCCCUAUCAUAUGUGACUAGAAUUCUAUUAAAUAAAGAAAUUUAUGUACUUGCAAA